GGUACAGUCAAUUUAGUAAAAUGUAGUGGGACAAUAACAAACAUUACUGGCACACAUUUUGACUUUGUUAAGAUCAAAACCUAUUUCUGUCUGCGAUUUCCAAUGGCAUCAAAUUUGAUGAUAAUUGAAUCUGACAGUGAGGAAGAAACAGAUAAAAAAUCCAAAGGAGGAAGUUCUGAGAAGUUAACUUCUCCAGAAACACAAAAAAAUGAAGAUAAGAAUGUCACAACACCAAAACCAUAUAUCAGCUGCCAUGAAAAGGAAGAGGAAACUGUUGCAAGGAUUGAUGUGGGAGCCAAUCAGAGCAACAUCAAUGAGCACAGGAAAAACAUAUCAAAAAGGGAUGCUAAGAUUUUAUCUAAACCAAAGGCAGCAAAAUGUAUUGGAAAAGCUUUGGCAAAAAUUGGAAUCGAAGCUUUUGUAGAAGUCCAAGGGGAAUCUUGUUUGUUUGGGACGGCAGCAAAUAAGGCGUCAGCUGAAAUAGCUGUAGAUGUUACUGCCACCCUUAUUUCUGAAGAGGAAAUUCCGAUUCCAUAUGGAAAGAAACUCGAAAGACAAAGACAAAGUGAUUUGGAAAGUGAAUAUCUUGUUGAUAUCGAGGUACAAAGUGAUGUCAUAUCACUGAGAGGAAUUGAGGAUGUUGCAACUGUUAGACAGUUGAUUGAAAAAAACCUGAGUGAAAGAAAUGGCCAGGAUCAUCAAACAUUACAAAGUCAAUUCAGUACAGGCCCUGAAGAUCAAACAUUACAAAGUCAUUUCAAAACAGGCCCUGAAAAUCAAACAUUACAAAGUCAUUUCAAAACAGGCCCUGAAAAUCAAACAUUACAAAGUCCAUUCAAUAUGGGCUCCGAACAUCAGACACUAAGAUGUCAAUUUAACAGAGGACAGUCAAGAUGCUACAAGAGGGACCCAGAUUUUAUAUCUAAAGUUACUUCAAUUCAGAGUAAUAAUUUAGUAGUCAGAAGAGAGACUACAGACAAGUGUCUGAUCAUUGAGAUUGUCGGUGAUGAUGCACAUGGGAAACAGUACCUGGAAAGUCUGAAGAGCAUACAGCAGAAAAUAUGGGAUGGAAAACUGGAUUUAUUCAGAAUUAGUAAAGAUGAGACAGAUGUUGCAAUCAUGUCAAACGGACUUCGUAAGGAAGAAAAGCAGUUCAUAAAAAUGGCAGAAUGCCAGCUUCAGUGUGGAAUUAUAGUCGGAAAUAGCAGUAAAAAAGUCAGGCUUCCUUUCCAGUCACAAUCAAGUAGACAGACUUAUGAAGAGGAGGAUAUCUUCAGUGAUCUCCCAACUUCUGUAGCAGGGUCUCGAUCCCCAGAUUUUUCUGGUGAGGAGAGAGCGUCACAUUCAGAGAAAUUAACAGUGAGGUCCUCUACAAUCCAAGUCGUCAAAGCUGAUGUAACACUCUACAAGGCCAAGUGUUUGGUAAACUUCUUUGAUCGACCAUCAGGAUUAGCAACGAGAGGCAAGAUAUUUGAACGCUUCAUGAAACAGGGUGGACAAGAUUUAUUUGAUGAACUCUCUUCAAAUUACGAUUCUUCAGAAAAUGUUGUCAUGACAAAAAAUGGUGGCAAACUUCAAUGUCAGCAUGUGUGCCAUAUAUCACUCCCAAAAUAUAGGGGAAAUCAUUCAUCAAUUAAGGAGCUGCAGCAGGCAGUUAGGGAAUGUUUUAGGCUAUGUGGUGACCUUGGUGUGUAUGAUAUAGCAGUUCCAGCUUUAGGUGUAGGACAGUUGUUGAGGUAUCCUGUGGAGGAGGUGGCUACUCUCCUCAUCACAGAAAGUGUCUCACUGGCCAAAACAGACAACCACUGGAAGAUAACAUUUGCCAUAUAUGACAGAGAAACCUUCUCGGUUUUUAAACAGCAUCUCGACCAGAGGAGACAGGGAUUGGAAGGAACAAAUCCUGGCAGAUACAGAGCUCUAAGAAGGGAGGCCUCUGCUCCUAGUCUCUAUGUUCAUACCUCAGGCAGAGAAAGACAAAGAAACUCAUCACCAGAUUUUAGAAAGUACAGAGAUCACCAUAAAGAUGUUGAAUUUGAUCGAAAAAGGGACUGGUCACGUCCAAAGAGUGCUAAGAGAACCCCACAAGCCAGUGCAGGAGACCCGUCCAAAAUGACACCUGUGAUGGAACUUCACAUAUAUGCUUUAUCCAGAGACAAAGGAGAAUCUAUUCGAAGUGAACUCUCCCAAAUGAUCAAGGAAAGGUUUUUACAUGAACACAGCAUUGAGAGAAUUAAUUUUAGUGAAAUACCAAAAGAGAAAGAGAGGAAAAUGUAUGACAUUGGUCAGAAGUAUGGAGUCUUUGUUUCACUGGAUAAAGAGAAGAAUAGAAUAUCACUGAAAGGUUCAGCUAAGGAAGUGAACAAAACAGGACAAGAGAUAGAAAGUAUCUGUCCAUCGGGGUCCCCUCAGGAGGUGGCCCCGGUAAGACGAGAAAACAGACACCGCCGCGGCACUGAUGAGGACUUGAGAAAAAUGUUAGAGGAGCCAACUGUACCAACUUACUGGAAACACUUUAAGGAUGGGAAAUCAAUUAUGGAAUUUUUUAAAGGAAUUGUAACAAGCAUAGAAAAAACCCAUGAUGUGGAUCCAAAAACUUUCAAUGCAAUUCGCAAACUAGUAGAAAAGACAUUUAACCCCGAAUUAGUGGGGCAAGGAGCAGAUGCAAGAAACCUCAGCCAUAAAAAAAUACAUGUUCAAAAAGUAGAACUUAUUGAGAAUAUUGAUUUGUAUCAAGAAUAUAGCCGUAAACGCAGGAAGAUGUUACAUAAAGUCUUUAAAACAAAAUCUCCAAAAUUCCCGACUAAAGUGGAAGCAGUUCCUAAAAAGCAAGGAAUAAAAAAUGUUGUCGCUAAAGGUGCUAUUUUUACGGAAAAAAUAAUGGAUGAAAGACUAAAACAAGACAUCGUAUCAAAAUUGAACGAAGUGUAUCUAUUUCAUGGCACUAAGAGUCAAUUUGUUGGAAAUAUAAAGGCAAAGGGUGUGGACCCAAAACAUGGAAGUGAUGGUGGCAUGUUUGGUCGUGGUAUUUACUGUGCUGAAAGUUCUACAAAAGCUGACCAGUAUGCAGGAAGACCAAAUAUUUUAUUCAUUGUGUUAGAUGAUUUCCGACCUAUUCUACGCAGUUAUGGAAACCAGUUGAUAGAGGCUCCUAACAUGGAUUAUGUAGCCAGGAACUCUGUAGUCUUUACCAAAGCAUUUGCUCAACAAGCCCUGUGUGGACCUAGCAGGACUUCGUUUUUAACUAGUCGUCGGCCAGACACAACAAAACUCUGGGAUGUACAUUAUUACUGGCGAAAAGCUGCUGGGAAUUACACAACUCUGCCUCAGUACUUCAAACAAAAUGGGUAUCAUACAGAAUCCUUCGGGAAAAUAUUUCAUCCAGGAAUAGUUUCAGGACAUACCACAGAUUACCCCUACAGUUGGACUGUACCUCCUUAUUUACCCUCCACACAACAGUACAAGAUGAAAAAGGUCUGCCCUGGUCCACAAGGCAAGCUACAGAUGAAUAUAGUUUGUCCAGUGAAUGUCUCCACACAGCCAGAGCAGACUCUACCAGAUAUCCAAUCCACACAGCAUGCUGUACAAUUCAUACAAAAAUGGACCAAUCAGAGCAAACCUUUCUUUCUGGCUCUUGGGUACCACAAACCUCACAUCCCAUUCAAAUUUCCAGAGGAGUUCCUAAAAUUGUACCCAAUAGAGGAUAUUAAACUUGCCAAGUACCCCACCAAACCCCCAGGUCUCCCCUCGGUGGCCUGGAAUCCGUGGGCUGAUCUGAGAGAAAGAGAUGAUGUCAAGAGCCUUAAUGUUAGUUUUCCAUAUGGCCCUGUUCCAGAAUACUUCCAGAAGAAGAUGAUUCAGAGUUACUAUGCCUCGGUGACCUACAUAGAUGACCUUCUGGGUCAUGUGCUGACUGCCUUACACAAGAAUGGCUUUGCCAAAAACACUGUCACAGUACUUCUAGGUGAUCAUGGUUGGGCCCUUGGUGAGAACCAAGAAUGGUCCAAGUUCAGUAAUUUUGAGGUGGCCACUAGAGUGCCUCUGUUGGUGUCAGUACCAGGAUUGACAUUUGAUCUCCAUAGACCAUCUCAACAUGUUUCCUUAUCCAAAACAGCAUACAAUAAAUAUCAGACCACAGAUGGUCUGGUAGAACUGGUAGACAUUUUUCCUUCUCUGGUGGAACUUGCAGGACUCCCUGCCUUAAAAACGUGUCCACAGAGUUCCUUCAAUAUAACUGUGUGUACAGAAGGGCUCAGCUUCGUGCCUUUGAUAAGAAAUGCUACCCGACCAGACAUUAAUCCUCCCCUGAAAAGCUGGAAGUCAGGAGUAUUCAGUCAGUAUCCCCGGCCAAGUCUGAAGCCCCAGGAGAACAGCGAUCAACCAAAGGCCAUCGAUAGCAGAAUCAUGGGUUACUCCCUACGAUCCCAGAACAGCAGAUACACAGAAUGGAUUCAGUUUUAUCCCAACAACUUCACAGUGAACUGGAACAAAGUGUUUGCCAGGGAGCUGUAUUUACAUGACACAGAUCCAGAAGAACAUUACAAUGUGGCCUCUUUACCUUCAUACCAGGAUAUUGUACAUAAAAUGUCUGUAAAACUAAGAAAAGGUUGGAGAGCAGCACUGCCAAAAAACUUCAAGUAUACCUCCUCAUUCAAUCUUGCAUAAAUAAAGAAAUAAAAUUAUAUGUAUAGUA